AUGACGACCGCCGGACCGGAAACCGCCGCCUGCGAAGCGAUUUCCGAGGCGGUUGGCGCCGGCCAUGGAGGCGGCGAGGAACGAGAUUACGAACUCCGGCGAGUUGUGGAGGAGGAGCAUGAUGACGUGGCCUCGCCGGAUUCCGAGGCGGGCGUGGAGGCCGGCGGCCAAUUUCCGGGCGGCGAGCUCAACUUCCGAGUGGGUGAGGGUUUUUCCGGUGGCGGAGUCGAUGAGGGCCGUGCUGGACGGGUGGCGGUGGAGGUUUUGGAAGAUGUACGCGUGGACGGGAAGGUGGUCAGGUAUGGGGAUGGCCGGUAG